CUCCGGGCAGAAAACACUCCGCAAGCAGAUUUUUAUUUUUUUUGGUCAGCUGGUCGCUGCAACUCUCAGCUACGUCAACUAACGCUGUCUAACGAGUCAACAACAAGUUCACUUGGUCUAUUAAUGACCUACAACUCAAAAACAUGAGUGAACCGCGACCUCUACACGGCACGAAGUUGACAAACUUUAACCGAGAGGCCGCCACAACCACGUCUUCUCCGCGAGCCCGAUGAAAGCGAGAGUUUUUUUUUUUGUCCUAGCUCGCUGGCUAACAUUAGCUAUUUGUCCCCCGGUGAGUUGCCGACAUGGCUGCUAGAGAGACGUAUUCACGGCACGCAUACCGCCGCCCGCCGUCGAGGACAAAGACGGAGCAGGACGACGACUCGGACUCGGAGACCCACCUGCUGGGCCUGAAGCGGUUGGACGAGCUGGGCUCUCAGAUCAUCCACAGCGGACACUUCAUGGUGUCGUCGCCGCACAUCGAGCACCCGCCGAAGAAAGGCUACGACUUCGACACUGUCAACGAGCGGACCUGUCGCACCUAUCGGUUCGGCAACGCGAGGAUGUCCCAUCUCUCCAUAGAUGCUUCACUGACCAAGCUCUUUGAGUGCAUGACUCUCGCCUACAGUGGUAAUUUGGUGUCUCCCAAAUGGAAGAACUUCCGAGGUCUGAAACUCCUUUGGAGAGACAAGAUCCGCCUCAACAACGCUAUUUGGAGGGCCUGGUAUAUGCAGUAUGUGGAGAAAAGGGAGAAUCCGGUUUGUCACUUUGCAACUCCCCUGGAUGGAAGUAUGGACGUACAGCGUUCUGCAGAGGGCACCGCCAUGGACGGGGUAUGCUGGAAGAGACGAAUUGAAAUUGUCAUCAGAGAAUACCACAAGUGGAGAACAUACUUUAAAAAAAGGUUACAAAAGCACAAGGACGAUGACCUCUCAAGCUUGCUUAAGGGACCAGAGGAGCAGCUACUGCUGUUCGGGGAAGUCUCUCCAGACAUGCUGCGUUUCUCCUCCUAUCAGGAUGAAGAGACUGCCGUGCGCCGCCUCCCUCGUCGGCAUAAUGAAACCCCCGCCCCUAUGGAGAUGGACCCCCUCUUUGAUAUGGAUGUUCUGAUGUCCGAGUUUUCAGACACGUUGUUCUCCACGUUGGCCUCGCACCAGAACAUAGCCUGGCCGAAUCCACGGGAGAUUGCACAUGCAGGGAACGCAGACAUGAUCCAACCAGGACUCAUCCCUCUACAACCCAACCUGGACUUCAUGGACUCUUUUGAUCCACUGCAAGACUUAUUUCACAGCCUCCGUCAGCCCGCCUUCCCCUCUGUUUCACCCACUGCACCACCUGUCACCCUCCAACCCAGCAGCAGCUCACAGUCGCAGGCGCUGUUAAUGUCCUCCAUGCUCACAAGCAACAACAUCGUCCCGCCUGGCCGCCUGCCCCUCCCCUCUCCCAUGGCCAGUCCAGCAGACGGUGCUGCUGCUGCUGCGGCAGCAUAUGAACAAAACUACCUACCUCUGUUUCCAGGGCAUGUAGCACCCAGAGAUCAGGCAGCAAUCCCCUCCGUCCCUCAGCCGUUAUCCCAUGAUCCUCUGUCACAGUGUCAUCCAGGUCAGGACUUGGUGUCAGCAGCCCCCAUGGUUCCAUCGCCCUUGGACAACACCUCAGCUCUGGAUGAGGCUGUAGAACCAGCUGUGAUUACCCACAAGACCCCUGCUGUCAAACCCAGCGACGCGGCAUCCACCUUCAGCCAUGCCUCAGACUACGGCUCCAUAUCCACACAGCCUCCACCUCCUCCUCCUCAACUCCAGCCCUUGGCUCCAUUACCUGCCAUGCCUGUCCAACACCCGCAGACCUUUGCCCUGCCGCGGCCCUUUUAUCCAUCCAGUGCCAACAAAAACCGCCCUGUGCAAAGGAUUGCCCCCGCUAACACCCUCCCCUCCUCUAUCCUCAUCCGCACAGCGGCCCCUUUCCCAGGUCACGCCAAUGCUGUAAUCGUUACACCAUCGCCUCUAAAAUCAGAUGUGGUCCAUAAUACUGGAGUGGUCAUCGCUCCCUCUCAACUUGGAGGGACUCCUGGAUUUCACGUCUUACCUCGGACACAGAAGUCCCCUCAGCCGAUUGUCCCCAAAGAGAAAUCUUCCAGCCGCAGAAGUCAGAAAGCGUCCUCUGUUGUCGGUCACAGUCAGGCGGCAUCGGGUCAAGGAUCACCACUUGGGUUAGAUCAAGUUUCUAGUCCCCAGUCACUGAACAGCAGAACCGCUACACCUUUGGUAAAGAAUGAACAAAAUCAGAGCCGGAGGACAACAUACAUAUCCGCUGAGCAAAAGAGGAGAUCAAACAUAAACAUUGGCUUUAAAACACUCUGCAACCUGGUUCCCACCUUAAAGUCACAAUCAAAUAUGAGUAAUGCCGUCACAUUGCAGAAGACUGUGGAUCACAUUUGGAAGCUCCAACAGGAGAGGCAGCAAAUGCUGGAGGAGGUCAAGAUGCUACGAGAGGAGAUCGAGGAGAUCAACACCGCCAUCGGCUCGUUCCAGGAACAGUUGCCUGCAACAGGAGUCCCCGUGAGGCGGAAUCGCUUCGACCACAUGCAGGAGAAGUUCGAUGAAUAUGUAAAGAAUCGCACUCUUCAGAACUGGAAGUUCUGGAUUUUCAGCAUCAUCAUCAAGCCUCUCUUUGAGUCUUUCAAUGGGAUGGUGUCGACCACAAGCAGGGCAGAGCUCUGUCAGACCACGUUGCAGUGGCUCGAUCGUCACUGUUCUCUUCCAGUGCUCAGACCCAUGGUGCUGAGGACCCUCCGUCAGCUGAGCACAACCACGUCCAUACUCAGUAAUCCGUCCCUGCUGCCCGACGAAGCCACGCAGGCCGUCACACAAACCGAUGGGUGGCCUUGCUCUCAGAGGUGAUGAGUUGAGCCAAAAGCCACCUGAACCGUGUCACAGAAAUCAUCAUGACUCAUUACUAAUUUACCAUAUAGACAUUCAGCAAGGUCCACAUGUCUUCCACAGAUACACAAAAAUACAAUGAUAAAUAUAAGCAAUUGUAGCUUUUAUGAGAUUUUCUUUAAAUGGCAGCAGCUAGUACUACCAUCACAAGCUUUAAGUGAAAAGGUUAAAGGUUAUUGGAAGGUGGUGCUGGUUGUUUGCCUUUUGAACAAUGUAUUUAAAUUUGAAUCCGUUUUCAAAUAUAUAUUUUAUUUCAAAAAAUAUAAAAACACAACGUUGUUUUGAAAAGGGAAGUAUGUUUUUGCGUGAUUGUUCAUUUUAUUUACUCAAUUGUAGAAAGUGAAUGGAUAGCAUCAUUUUUUCUUGUAAAAAAAGAGCAUGACUUGAAUGUGGGAUUCUUUCAGAACUAGUUGGCUGCAUAGUUUGGGCGUUUUGGGGAGAAAGGUUUCAUAAUGUCGAGGUUCGUCUGAAACACAGUCACUCGUGGGCUGCUCUGUGAUUGAUUAUCACAAGAAAGCUGAGAUCAAAUUUUUUCAAUUUACUCAGGUAAAUGUUUUUUUAGACAGUUGACAGGAGUGGUUCCCUGACAGGUUCCCAGUCGUGCUGAACUCCUUCUUACUCCUUUGCUUGCUCUUCCAGUGAGUGCAACUGUAAAUUGUACCGGAAAGCAAUCGUCUUAAAAAUGACAUGUUACAUACAUGGGUCACAACAAUGGAGAGAUGUUAUUUACAGCCCUCAUAGGGAGUGAAAUGGAGAUCUUCAGUCCGGGUUCUUGGAUAAUGCACAGCAGUUGUAGGCGUCUUCCUGUUGCACGACGGUCACUCAGGGAUGCGCUGGUCAGUGGCAUUUUUUUACAGUUCAGCCAUGAACAAAUCGCGUCGGGAUCCAUUACAGCAGGAGAACAUGUCUUUGUAAGGGUACAGCCUGUUGUUUUCUACCUUCCUAAUUACACUUAUUGAAAAGGUGUGUUAAUGGCGGACAGGAGAAAACAAUGAGUAUGUCAUGUGGAAAGGUACAGCACAGAGAAACCGAGCAAAAGGCCGUAGAAGGGAGUCGACUACCCGUCCGUUGUUUCGCGUUACUGAAAUCAUAUUUGUCAGAGUACCUAUUAUCUGCUUGAGAACUAUCAGCAUGUCUGUCGUACAGCUUUAAAGUCAAAGUGCUCUUACUCUGUAUCUCUGCAGGCUAAUUAGUUUUUCUCUCUCAGCAUUGAUUGAACACUGAUUUUGUGACUUGAUUUCUAAACUCAGUUUACAAUGUACAAAUGGCACCACAUUUCUUAUCGUUGAAUGAUUUACAUGUUGAUGUAGACUACUCAAUUCACAGUGCACCUGAAAAGCAUUCAUCAAAAUUCAACACAUUACAGUGACGAUUAAAUAGGCCCUAUGACCUUAUGACCCAAUGUUGCACCGUAGCUUGUCAUUUAUGUGGUCAUUUUAUGUGUUUAUUUCCUUCUCAUCCUUGGAUUUCAAAAUGUUUGUAAUUACAGGUGAGAGUGGGUUUGCACCUGAUGAUAAUGUACAGUAAAUCAUCGCAGAUUGGAUCUGCCCAUUAUUUGUUUUAAGAUGUAAAGAUAUUUUCUUUGUUUUGCAUCUGAGUGUUUUUUUGUUUAACUUCCAAAGUUCAUGCAGCGAGUUUUAAGAUGCCUUAAAUGAUUUGGACUCGCAAUAAAAAUGAACAAAAAUAAAAA